AUGGCUUCCUUCCGCCGCACCCUCGACUACAUCUACCUCACUUUCUUCCUCAUUCACAUCCCCAUCGUGUUCUGCGUUGACAUCUAUCCCCUCUACCCACCCUCCCUAAUCCCAACCUUCAUGACCGAUCUCCGCACCUGGUACAUCCACACCUACAACGACCAAUUCUUUGUGAAGCCCCCAGCUUGGUUUACGGUGUAUAUGUGGAUGGAAUUGAUCUACCACAUUCCCCUCUCCCUCUACGCAAUCCAAGCUCUAUGGUCCAAUAACGAUCCCAAAACCCCAAUCCAUUUACUCAUCUACGCAAUACAGACUGCUGUGACCACAGCUACAUGUAUUGCGGAUUAUAUGAGUUGGAACUCGCAUUCGAAUGAGCAAAAAUUGGAGUUGGGGAAGUUAUAUGUGCCGUAUUUAAUGGUUUGUGAGUAUUUAUCACUGCCUUUCUGCAUGGAGAGUAGGAGCAAAAGCUGA